AUGUCGCUCGCCACCUCCUCGACGGGCGAGUCGGCCGUCCUGGUCCCGGACGCCGCCUCGUCCUCUUCUGCCGCGGCGAACGCAGCUCCCUCGAACCUCGUCGAAGUCACUUCGCCCGAGCACUUUACCGAGCUCAUGCAGGCCGACCUCACCCGCGUCUCGCUCCUCAACUUCUGGGCGCCCUGGGCCGAGCCCUGCAAGCAGAUGAACGACGUUGUCAAGGAGCUCGCCCUCAAGUACCCGCAGGUCCUCUGCCUUGUCAUCGAGGCAGAGGCCCUCCCAGACGUCUCCGAGUCUUUUGACGUCGAGGCGGUCCCCUCUUUCGUCCUGCUCCGCGGCCACACGCUCCUCUCGCGCAUCUCGGGCGCCAACGCCUCUGCGCUCUCGGCAGCCGUCGCCUCGCACGCCGCCCCGACCCGAGCUGGCGGGCACCAGUCCCUCUCACGCACCUCGGCCGCACCCCGCGCCGCCUCCGACGUCUACGUCGCCGCUGCCGGCUCCAACGGCGGUGCUGCAGUCGCUGACGACGAUGAGGAAGAGGAGCUGAGGCAGGAGACGGACGAGGAAAUCUUUGAGCGGUGCAAGAAGCUCAUGGAGAAGGAGGACGUCAUGCUCUUCAUGAAGGGCGACCCGGAUACGCCGCGCUGCGGCUUCAGCCAGAAGACGGUCAACCUCCUCAGGCAGGAGAAUGUCAAGUUCGGGCACUACGACAUCCUCAAGGACGAGAACGUCAGGCAAGGUCUCAAGAAGCUCAACGACUGGCCCACGUUCCCGCAGAUCAUUGUCAAGGGCGAGCUGAUUGGUGGGCUCGACAUCCUCAAGGAGCAGAUCGAGACGGGCGAGUUCAAGGAGAUUCUCGAGGGCUAG